AAUAUUUGAAGUGUUUGCAGAUUAAAGGAUAAUAUCGAAUUAAUAAUCGUCUAUGUAUGUUCAGGACCCCCAUCCGUUUGGUGGAACACCACUUGCACUAUUGGCUGCUCAGUGCAACAAGAUAAAUGAUAGAAGUCCACCACCGCUAGCCGAUGCUGCGGUAGGAAAAGGUUUUCACCCAUGGAAACGGUCACCAACUUCAUUAAACGGACCUACGUGUCCACUCACAAUAAAUCCUCAAAGACCAACGGCAAUCACAUCUACGACUGCAUCUUAUUCAUAUCCUAAGACAAGUCCCUUAUCUAGUUGUACUGGAAGUUACGAUCGUGAGUUUUUACAUUCUAUGAUGUCAUCAAACACACAACCUGACGUCACUUCAUCAUCAUUACUUCAAAAGAUGCACAACGAAUCAGCGCUUUCUGGAUCGUCUUUAAGUGGACUAUAUUCUAGAGUGCCAACAGUUACAACAAAUCCAUAUGAACAUUGGUCAUACCCUAAUUCUCACAGCAUUAAAUCGGAGGUAACACCUUCUGUCAAUCCUGCGUCUGCGUGGUGGGACUUGCACACAACGCCAUCAGCUUGGCUUACCGAUGUUAGCGGUGCAACUUCCGGUUUUCACUCACAGAUUGGUGCUAAUUACCCAAACAACGAAUAUGCUCUUGGACAUGGGCUUAGUUCAAAUUCUACACCUUACUUAUCAACAGGACAAUCAUUAUUACAAGACACUUAUAAAUCAAUACUGCCGACGCAGUCCGAUUCGUCUAUGACACCGUAUUUGUCACGUGUUGGUAUAAAUGGAAAUGCUAGUCCAAGGUCAAAUAGACGUUAUACUGGUAGGGCAACAUGUAGUUGCCCGAACUGUCAAGAAUUGGAAAGGCUUGGCCCAGCCGCCGCAAAUUUACGAAAGAAAAAUGUUCACAGCUGUCACAUUCCCGGAUGUGGAAAAGUGUAUGGAAAAUCUUCACAUCUUAAAGCUCAUUUGAGAUGGCACACCGGAGAACGACCGUUUGUUUGUAAUUGGUUGUUUUGUGGCAAACGGUUUACUCGUUCUGACGAAUUACAGCGCCAUCUACGGACACAUACAGGUGAAAAACGUUUUGCUUGCCCUACUUGCAAUAAACGUUUCAUGCGUAGUGAUCAUCUUGCUAAGCACACAAAAACUCACACCGAAGGUAAAAAAUCCGGAAGUGGUUCCGAUACAGAAAAUAGUACUGACCAGAAACUCAUACCAAAGAAGGAAAUUGGUGGCAGUGAUCACGCAGCUUUCAGACCAAAAACCGAAACAAAUUAAUCGUAUAUUGUUUAAUUUGUUAAUUGCAUUUAAAUCAAUUAGCUGCACUGAACUCUGAUAAAGAAAUUGUCUAUUGUUACAUCUUUUCUGUAGUUAAGUAAUUUUAUUGUUAAGUGUGUUUUUCCUGUACCAAUCCAGUACUUUCCACAGUAAUUAUACAGAAAAAGAAAACAAAUGAGACAAAUGAGACAAAACGCAAAAACAAUAAUUGUUGACAGUUAAACGAAGAAUGGGUGCCAUUUUAACGAGAUUGUUCUUUUUUGUUGUAAAAGUUCUUUAAAUUGUUAAA